AUGACCCUGAACCGCGGCGACAAACUGAGGUACCUGGACAAGCGGCGCGGCAGCAUGCCCUUCGCGGCCCAUCAUCCGCGGCAGCAGCAGCAGCAGCAGCAGCAGCCCCUCCACCGGCGCAGCAUGCCGGUGGACGAGCGGGACCUGCAGGCCACGCUGCCCCCCUCGCCCCGGGGCCAGCUGGCCAGCCUGAUCCGCUGCACCUCCUACAACCCGGGCCAGGAGGAGGAGGAGGAGGAGCGGCAGGGCUGGGCUUCCGACUCCUCCGACUCGGUCAUCUCCUCCGGCAGCGACUCGGAAGGCGGCCUCUACAAGGUGAUGCUGCUGGGAGAGCACGGCGUGGGCAAGACCAGCCUAGCCAGGAUCUUCGGCGGCGUGGAGGACUGUCCGGACGCCGAGGAGGCAGGCAAUACGUAUGACAGAUCUAUUAUAGUUGAUGGAGAAGAAGCUUCUCUUGUGGUGUUUGACAUAUGGGAGCAGGAUGAAAGCCAGUGGCUUCAGAACCAUUGUAUGAAGAUGGGAGAUGCUUACAUUAUCGUCUAUUCAGUGACUGAUAAAGUCAGCUUUGAAAAAGCUUCUGAGCUGAGGAUCCAGCUACGAAGGGCACGGCAAACCGAAGACAUUCCUAUCAUUCUUGUUGGAAACAAAAGUGACCUGGUCCGAUCACGGGAAGUCUCUGUAGAUGAGGGACGGGCUUGUGCUGUUGUCUUCGACUGCAAGUUUAUCGAGACCUCAGCCGCACUUCAUCACAACGUCAAAGACCUCUUCGAAGGGAUUGUCCGGCAGAUUCGGCUACGCAAAGACAGCAAAGAAGACAACGCCCGAAGAAUGGCCAACACAAAGAGGAGAGAAAGCAUCAGUAAGAAGGCCAAGCGAUUCCUUGGGAAAAUGGUGGCCAAAAACAAUAAGAAGAUGGCAUUUAAAGCCAAAUCAAAGUCCUGCCACGACUUAUCAGUACUUUAAAAAAAAAAAAUGGCUCAUGGCAAAAGGAGAAGUAUGUGAGUGUGUGUGGGUGUGUUGUGAACCUGUCUCUGGCAGUUAAGAGUGAGGAAAAAGGACCUUGUGCAAAGCGACGGAAUGGAGGGAAGUUGCUUCCUUCAUGCCUUACAGUUCUUACGCGACGUUGGAAAAUGAGAUUACAGGACCUUCAUUGUUAGAACGGUUUCUAGCCUUCAGCAAACGAACUGAUUCCUAAAAAAAAUAAAAAAAAAAAAUAAAAAUAAAUCAGCAGCUUUGUAACCCCUUUGGUUUCACUGUGUAAAAUUGCUUAGCUGUCCUGUGGAUAUCAGGGAAUCAAAGAAAAAGAAAUGCACGGCGAUACGGAAAAGAAGCGGAGUAAAAUAACUAUCGCCAUAAACGUAUCUCCUUGGCCAAGCAAAACUUGAACAGUGUGCGCAGGCUCGUACACGCUUCUCUUUGGUGGGUGGGUAGGGUGUGUGUGUGUGUCUGCAUUUCAAUGAGAAGAUUCAGUUCCAAGGUGAUUUAAGCAAAUCACUGCAUUGAAAUGAAGCAGCGAAAUUGGUCGUCUUUACCCGAUGGAAGCAGACAGGCUGCUUCAUUUUAGCUGUGGUUUUGGAGAUUGUAUCUCCAAGUGCCACGGAUGGAUGGAGAGAUGCUCAAGGAAACUGGCUGUGUCUCCAGAAUGGGACCUCAAAGUGUAUCUCAUGAUUGCUGGCCCAAAGUGACUUAACCAAAGGUGGCCCAGGAGAUAGAUCUAUAUAUAAGCAAUUAUUUUUUAGAAGUUAAAU